UGCCCCUAGUCUCUCCUGGUAGUGGCAGCUGUGGUUUUCCCACUGAGGUGACCUCCCUGUGAGGAACCCUGUGACCUCCCACAGCCCUUCUCCUUCCCCUGAUGGCCAAGGACACACUCAGGCCGUUGCCCAGAGAGCUUGGCUGUAACUUGAGUCUCACCCAGGCUGGGGGUGAUGCGGCGGGUGGGCAGGUGACAGCCAGGGCAGGGAGAUUUGCCCAGACACCAAUGUGCGGCAGCCUGGCAACCGGCGUGGCCCUGAGGAGACUGGGGUCUUUUAGGAGUCUGUUCCAGAGUCCUGACAGUGGCCUUCACCAUGGGCAACAAGCAGACAGUGUUCACACAUGAGCAGCUAGAAGCGUAUCAGGACUGCACCUUCUUCACGAGGAAGGAAAUCAUGAGGCUCUUCUAUCGCUACCAGGACCUGGCCCCCCAGCUUGUUCCUCUUGACUAUACCAGCUGCCCUGAUGUGAAGGUGCCCUAUGAGCUCAUUGGCAGCAUGCCUGAGCUGAAGGACAACCCGUUCCGUGAAAGGAUUGCCCAGGUCUUCUCUGAGGAUGGGGAUGGACACAUGACCUUGGAUAACUUCCUGGACAUGUUUUCCGUGAUGAGUGAAAUGGCUCCCCGGGACCUCAAAGCCUACUAUGCUUUUAAAAUUUAUGACUUUAACAACGAUGACUACAUCUGUGCGUGGGACCUGGAGCAGACCGUGACCAAGCUGACACGAGGAGAGCUGAGUGCUGAGGAGGUGAGCCUGGUGUGUGAGAAGGUGCUGGAUGAGGCUGAUGGGGACCAUGAUGGGCGGCUUUCCCUGGAAGACUUCCAGAACAUGAUCCUGCGGGCACCAGACUUCCUCAGCACCUUCCACAUCCGUAUAUGAGGGUUCCGAGGAAGGAGAGACAAGCCAGAGGAAGGUGCAGUGACCCCUCAGUCCACUGCGGAAUCUGGUCUCCCUGGGCUCUGGGAAUAAAUAAACACGCAUCGCUGAAUCACAGAUGCUCACAAAAGAUGUUUUCCACCUUAAACCUGGCAGACUAGAGGGAGGCGGCCUGGGAUCUUGCCUCUAUCCUCACUGUGUGAUCCUGGGUGUGGAUGCACCUUCUCAGGGUCAUAAUCUCCUCAUUUGUACAAGAAGUGUCGAGGUCUUUACACAUGGGUGGAAAAAGAAUUUUCCAGCAUAGCAAGGUGAAGAGAAAGAAGAGUUUAUUGAGAUGAGGGAUGGUGCUAGCCCAGCUGGACGACUUCCUGAAGAACACGGAGAGCCAACCUGGAGGCCUUGGUCCUGUUUUUAUAGCCCAGGGAGAGGAGAGGUCUUAUAAUAGACCUGCUGGCCUGCUGAUUGGUUGGGGAAAGAGGGGUCUUAUGAUACACUUGCUGGUUGGUUGGGGGGUAUAACGUCCCUUUAGGGCUGGGGUGAGGAGUGGGCCACAUACCUUUCCUAGUAGGGGGUAUAGGAAGGGGUAGGCCAGGUUGUUCAAGGUGGGGGAGGGGGCAUUACAAGGAUAUGGAUGGGGUGAUGAUAAGGGUCUGGUAAUUCUUGUCUUGGUUCGAGGCUUUGAGUUCUAGCUCCUUGAAGGGUCUUUGAAGUCCCACAGGAAGGGGCUGACGUCUAGAUUCUCUCUCCACUGUUAGGGCUGGUAUUGCCUCCAUGUGGGUCUUGGUGAGCAGAGAUGAGGUGCUGAGGUCAGGCCUGUGCUGUCCCACCCCAGGGACUCCCUACCCCCAACUGCUUGUUGCUGAAACUUGGCCUCUGUCCACCAGUGUUGAAUAGAAAUAUGGCAACGGAGUUUGGGGUAAAGGAGAAAAAAAUAGCUUUAUUGCUUUGCCAGGCAAAGGAGGCCAUGGCAGGUGCACUCAAGUCUGUGCCCCCCUUGGGAGAGAUUAGGAAGUGGUUUUAUAGUUUUGGGAGUAGAAAAUAGAGCCACAGAUUAGGAUCAGGUUAAAUGCUACCUUUCAUUCUUCUUCAAAGUUGGUGUUUAGUGGCCCAAGGACAGGUUCUGAUGGUCAUCCUCUCUUUCAUUUGUUGGAGAUUUUAGUUCUGCAGAAGAUCUCAAGGAUAUUGCUAUGUAUAUAUCUUGAAGAGAAACCAGGACCCUGUCCCAAGGCUACACUAUUGUCUCUUGACUUCUCCUCCCUGGUCCCUGCAUUC